ACCCCGUCUAAACCGGAAGUGCCUUCGCCUCACCAGUUAGCCUGUACAGCUAAUGUGAAUUGUUAACCGAAAAGAUGCUUAAUGACAGCGAUUUUGCUACUUUGCGAAAUAGAUUUAAGAGAGAUGCGGAGCUUCUCAUGCAAACAACGACAUCAUCUGCUGAAGACGAAAAGAGUCAGGAUGAAAAAGAUAUUAAACCACUCCCUCGUAUCAAUAAGCACUCCAUUUUCUGGAUUGUGGCAUCCAUAGCUGUGACAUACUAUGCAGACUUCCUUCAGGUCAUCAUGGAAAAUGAUGACAUCAAAAGUUGGUGGUUUAAUGUUGGUCUGGGAUUACUUGGGAUCUGCCUGUCUUUGGCAGUGUUUUGCAUUGUUUACCUGGAGUGGUUCAAAGGGAUACAGCACUACGACCAAGAAUACCCCGCCCUUCCUCCCAUCACCACUGCAGCAUUUAUUGCUGCGUCAUGCAGCUUUAACAUUGCACUGUGGCCAGUGUGGUCCUUCUUCACUCCCCUAAUCCUCUUCACGCAAUUCAUGGGUGUGGUCAUGUUCAUUUCUUUGCUUGGAUGAAUACAAAAGCUGCAGAAUUCGUCCCAUCAACCACAACGUUAUACUGUAUGUAUGCACCUAAAUAUGGACAGAAUGAAAAUAUAUAGCUGGAAAAUACUUAAAGUUAAGCUGGAUUCAUACUCGUGCAGCGUUUGCGUAUAUUAGAGUUGCCAUGCUGACGCUGUUGAAAUGUUGUCUUGCAUUCCAGCGUGUGGUUAUGGCGUUGUCCUGCAGUUUCUCACAAAAAAAGCACAAAUUCAGCAAGAAGCUCCAGAAAUCCGGAAGCACUUAAUCACAAACCGACCAAUUACAAGGGAGAACUUCUGUGCAACUAUGCUGCAAGCAGGGGUGCACGUUGAGCCUCUGUGGAGCUUACGAGGUCGGCGCCAUAACCAACUUUAAGCAGACGCCGCACUAGUAUAAAUCCAGCUUUAGGGCACCCUGUGCCAAGUUAGAGUAUCAGUGACUUGAUGGCAUGUGCUGUCUUCUCAGUGAGCUUCCUGCUCACAUGACCAGUGCCACAUGUGACGUCUCCCAGUCUGAUUGUGAAAAUACCAGACCCAUCCACUACUGGUGGAUUGAAUUGGGGACAGGUCAGCGGUCUAGAAUUACUGUAAUUGUAUGCAGAAUUGAAUGAUCUUGGUAUAUUGUUUUUCAUUGUUUUUGUUUUUUUUCUUACCCCAAGGAAACAAAGUAAAUUUAUUUGGUGCCUCCUGAUUUGAUCACAUCACCCCUAUUCCAAGAGACCUUCACUGUUCCCUUGUCCUGGUAGUUUCGUUGUAGUUUUGGGAGGUGACCUGUUUUACCACCAUUCUCUGAUGUCACUUUCUGUAAACGCCCUAUGGAGUAAAACGAGGUGAGGCCUUCCCCACAACAGUCCUUAUCCUCUGGAAGUGACUCACUAAACCCUUCCAUUUGUCUGUGUUUGAGAGGCUAAUCUAAACUCAUAGUUUAGUUACUUUACCGUCAUGAGUUUUCUGAGUGCCCCCUGAGAUGUUGUGCUUGCAAGUUGUUUAAAUACAAAAACAUGAAAAACGUUUUACAUUUUACUAGUGGCAGAAAAUGUACAGUUUGUUUCUUUUUCUAAACAGUUUGUAUAUGUCCACUUGUGUUUCCUGCACAUUGCGUCUUUUUAUAAUAAACUGUUGUAACCAGUUCCAGCCAUCGAUGUUGACAGUGAGGAUGCAAGGAGCCUGUCUGUCACUACUUUUGACAUGGCAAAUUUUCUUAAAACAAAUAAAAUGUUCAGAAAAUUA